AUGGUUGCAAGACAUGUAGCUCUUUCAGCUACCGUAUUUAAAGUUACAAAGGUGAACGGUAUUUAUACAAUUAAUUGUCGUUUUGUAGGUGCAGAUGGAUUGCUUCAACCAGCUAAGUUUGCUAGACCAGGAGAUUUAGUUCCAAAUACAGAUGCGAGAAUUAUUAUACCAGAUUAUCACCCACUUACCGGCGAACAAAUUACUCAGGUUUAUAAUAUGCUUUAUAAACAUAUUGAAGGUCGGCUCAAUGCUUACAAGGCCAUAUAG